UUUGUUGUUGCAGGCAUGAUAGCAGAGCAGUUUGUUCCUGACGGGCCCCAUCUGAAGUUGUAUAACUAUGAGGAAAAGCAUUGGGACCACCUGAUGAACUGGCAGCAUGCAACUAUGUAUCUUUUCUAUGGCAUCUCAGGGAUUGUGGACAUUAUAGUCCAUAUAACUCCUGCAGUGCCAUUAGCCCUUGACAGGCUCAUGCUUGCCAUUGCAGUCUUCAUUGAAGGUUUUUUGUUUUAUUACCAUGUUCAUGGUCGUGCGAUGCUUGACAUUCAUGUGCACAUCCUGCUAUUGGUGGCAGUGUUUGGCGGUUCCCUUAGCAUCUUUCUUGAAGUCUUCCUCCGGGGCAAUAUAGUACUGGAACUUUUGAGGACAAGCCUUUGUAUACUGCAGGGCAGCUGGUUCUGGCAGAUUGGAUUUAUUCUGUAUCCUCCAAAUGGAAGCCCUGAAUGGGAUCAAACUAGUCAUGACAAUAUGAUGUUUAUUACCAUGUGCUAUUGUUGGCAUUACGCUAUUUCACUCCUCAUUGUGGCUCUUAGCUAUGCAAUUGUCAGUUGGGUGAUUCAUACAAAGUUAAAAAAGGUCGAGCCUCUGGAGAUGGGACUGUUGAAGUCAUCAGAAAAAGAUCAAGAAGUUGAGGAUGAAAUAUAGCCUGAUAAAUAUUGUAGUUUGCUACCAUUAUGCCUUCUUUAUGUAUAUAUUCUUAUAGAAUCUUUAAUAUUUUCUGAUGUUAAACCCUUUCAUAAGCCUAAACCUGUGUCUACAAAGGAGCAAAUGUAUUCAACAAUAUCUGUUUUGGAUUGAAAUGGGUACAUUUCUUUUACUGCUGUCUUUUAUUCAUAUCAAAUCAACUAGUGAAAAGGGUGAUAUUUAUGAUCUUUACAAUAAUCAAAACUUGAUCCUGAUUUCCAAUAGUUUCAGUGACAGGUGAAGGGGAAAUGCACACUUUUGUACUUGACGGCUUGUCUUUUAUUUUCUAUGUUUAAAAACUCCUAUCUAAGAAUUAACAAGGCCUGAAAGAAAGUAGUAAUCUUUUUGAUAAUAAUGCUUCAGAAGAAGUAGAGCAAAGAAAGAGCACAGGGAUGAAAUUGAUUUAUACCAAUAAUGCAGAAAGGACUUAUAUUAAAUCUGCAUCCUAUCAUACAUCCAUUAAAAAAGAGAAUUCAGUUUCGAUUAAAAUGGGCUGCCAAGUUAUCAUGAGUUCAUUUUGUACUAUUGUCUUUUCAAGAGUCAAAGGAAGAUUUCAGUGCUCAAAACUAUAAUCAGUGAAAAUGGUGAUUUAAAAAUUACAUACUACAAAUUAAAAAGUGUAGACAACUUCUAUUACAGCAUUACUUCAGUCCAAAUUCUAAUCCUUAAAUCCACACCAAUGACUGAGGUGAUAUAAAAUUCAGUUUGUGACUCUGAAGUCACAAUGUCUGAUUUAAAAGAAUUGUAAUAUUUUAAUUUUAGAUGUGCCCCUGUUACAGUAAACAUUUGAGCUUUGAAAAUGUUACCCAGAGACAAAUAUAUAUGAAGUUGUUUGACAUUACAAAGAAGAUUGAAAUUCUAUCCUUUCUGAAAACCUGCAAUAUACUUUCUUAUAUAGUCUAGCUUCAUUCACUCCACUGACAAACACACUGACCCAGUGCUCAGCCAUGAUUAAAUGUCAUAAAUCAUUGAGGUUGAAAUUGCUUAUCGUAGAGUGUUUCUUGUUCAUGUGAUGUUUCUGGCAGUUACAAAUCAAAUUUAAAUAGUGCAAAUUUCAUAAAAACAAUUAAAUAAAGAUCACAAGAAUGCAAUUGGUUUUAUUUCACUCAUCUAGAUACUGUGAACUAGCAAGCUGUAUUACAUACAUUGCAAAAGGAAAUUGAAAGCAAUGUAAAACAGACUGCACAGUCACUAUGAACCCAUUUCAUGCUAUUGUCAAAAACAAAAUUUCACCCUAGCACAUGCUUGAAGAGUCUGCAAUAGCAUCAUUGCAAAGAUUUUUUUCAGAACUACAUUCUGAAGCAAUAUUUGAUAUCAAAGGGGAAGGACUUCACUUUGUGAAGCAAAAUUACAAAUAUGUUCUUUAGUUUCUGCUUUUGUUACAAAUAGCAAAUAAAAACACAUACACACUCAUACAUUAGUCAUACAAACUAGCAUUAAAAACAAUCAUCUUUAUUUCCACUUGAGAAAUUAUGGGUUCCCAGAAUUGUCCAAGGGUUUCCUUGUUCAGCCACCAUAGGUUUAGUGGAAUGCUCAUACAGACCAUCUGAAUGGGUUUUAUGUCAAAGUUGCCCUGACUGAGAAGCUUAAUUAUUGAACCAUAUACUGUUCUAUUGCUUAAAUUUUCUGUUAGAUUAUUUCACUCCAUAUAUUCUGAAGGUUAUAAAGGUUAAGCGUCAGUGUCUAUUAUUUAAUGCAGUAGUGUUUAAGCAAUCUUUUAAAGGGAAGAAAUUCCAUAAAAGUGUCAAUCUUAAUGUUCUUUAACACCUCCUUUAGAAUUAAAACUUUAUUACAAAUCUUUUUACAAAAUAAAACCCAUGAUACCCACGACUGACUUAAAAGUAGUGGCCAAUGCUUGAAAUAUAAGUACUUGCUGAAUAGCAUUUGGUAACAAUGUGCAAAUUCUAUAACGAAAACCCUAUAUUGUGUGACAAAAAAAAAAAUCUUCCUUGUAAAUAACAUAUUUUAUACCAACUAUUUCAUUGAAGAUUCAUUUUAGUUAGUCAGAAUUUGACAUAAAAUGAAAUCUAUAUCGGAAAUGGAAGUUAUAACUGUGAUCCAGUAGCAUAAUAAGUUCCCUUCAAGUAUAAUGGUGCAUCCUGAUAUUACACUUUGCUGCAGCUUUGAAGCAUAUUUAUUUAUAUCCUUGUUAUUAAGUUUUUUGAGGAGAUAAGGAAAUGUGACAGUUUUUUUAAAAUCAGGGCUAAUAUAAGCCAUUCAUCCUGAUGGCAUUUAUCUUUAAAUAGUUAUUAUUAUUUAAUGUUUUCCCCCUUCUUCUCCAAACAAUGAGAUUCUCCUUGACGUUACAGCAUUACAUUCCAAGCACCGGCAUCAAAUCUGAACCACUUUCUGGACUCACAUUCAAGCCCACAUGUUGUCCUUAAGCAAAGACUUACAAUUUCUCUGGAAUGCUAACCUGAAGCAGAUGGUUCCACUACCAGAAACUUAGGUUCGCAUACUGUUUAAAAAAAAAUGCUCUUUCUGUGUGGUGUGUCAGUCAUUUAGAAUGAAUCUACAACAUGCGGUGAACAGAAAUCCCUUAUUGGAAGGGUGAAGUCUGGGCCAUCCUCCAAAGUUUGAUAUCUUUUCCAUGCAUGUCUGCACUUUAGGACCUGUACACAAUCUCAAGAUGUAGAAAAAUGUGUUGCACAGUCAAAGAAAUAAAUCAUUAAAAUCAACAAGUUUUAUUAAAUAUCACCACUUAGCUGUGAUGUUUCCUUUAGUGAAUUGUUUAUCAUAAUAAAGUGAACCUUACAGGUCAGGAAACCCAUGAAUCUGUGACAGGCUACCACCAUUACUGAAAGUCAGAUUAUAGCCAGCACCAGACACUUCCCAAACAUAAUUACAAAAAUCAGAAUCUAUCUAUUCAAAACUUCCUACUUGAUCCCCUCAUUGAAUCAGCUAGCUAAAAUUAUAAUCAGCCAGCAAAAGCUGGACAGCAAUUACCAACAGCCAGUCAGUGGCACCCAACUUUAGAUAAUCAAUUCACAGCUAAAUUGGGUGGACUGGAAGAUGAAGUGUUUGGAGGAAGUUGAGGGAUUAGUAAUCAAGGGAGUGUUUGGAAGCUAGUCUCUCAAAGAAAUUGAAUUAACAGCUGAAACUACUACCAUCUACCUCAGAGAUGGAAAAAAGCUCAGUGCACUAUUACGUUGCCAAGAACCAUGCUUACAUGGAGUUGAAGGUAGCCCAUGAGAUGAGAGAAGUGUGCUUCAUAGCCUGGCUGUAGGUAACUUCAAUAGGGCCUACAAGUAUCUUCAGUUUCCCUGUUGGGAUUAAAGGGUAUUUUCUCCCACCCCAUUCCCCUAUUCAUUGUCGUAAUACUUGCAUUCCUUCCCAGUCUAGGUUGGCACAGUGUCCUACCCCUGCUUCCCCAAAGUUGCCAGUUGAUCCCUAUUCUGCCAUUUCUAAUUGGACUCCCUACGCUGUCAUUGCCUUUCCUCCUCCAACAACAAAACUCUGAGUUACUCUUCCCACAUUCCACUGCCAAAGUAAAUGCCACCAUUAUCUGCUUUAACCCUAUCUGAAUGGUGAUGCUGCUCCUAUUUAAUUCUGGUACUAUCCUGGUAAAAGAUGAAUUGAUUGAUGGUUACAUGUUAUG